CACACACACACACACACACAUACAACUGAACAUGUAAGCUCAUACACAUUGAUAAGUACAUUGAGCAAGCAUGGAUGAGCUGGAUCUUAUCUUAGAAGAGCUGGCUUUCAACUUAGCUGGUCCAGAGUCAGCUACUCAGAAGAAAGAAAGUGAUACAGCCAACACAUAUGGACAGGUCUCAAAGGUGUGUCCUGUUGGUCUCCCUCCCAAGAAAGAAAAUGAGACAGAUAGUACCAAUGUAUACAGUGAGUUACCAGCUCCAGUGGAUGCCGGUCUGCUGAGUCCUUGCUCUGCUACCAGAGAGCUGGACUCCAUAAUGGAGGAUUUGCUGUUUGGCCUGGAGAUGGGGCUCCCAGACCCUCCUCCUCCCUCAACCCCACCACCACUUGUCCAGAAAUCAGUCAAAAAGAACCAGGUUGGAGAAAAAAAAGAAAAGGAGGACACACAAGUGAAACAGGAGAGCACCAACAGUCCUAAGACUUAUGAUCUGGAGUGCAAAGCAUCAACACAGAGGAAAACGGACGCCAUAGAUGACCUUCUGGGAGGCCUGAGCUCUGAUAUGGAGAAGAUGGGUGUACGAACGGUGGCGAAGGGCCACUGUGCUUCCUGUGGCAAGGUCAUUGUGGGAAAGAUGAUCACAGCCCUGGGCCAGGUGUGGCACCCAGAACACUUUGUUUGUGUGGAGUGUCAGGCUGAGCUGGGGACUAGUGGCUUCUUUGAGAGGGAGGGGAAGGCCUACUGUGAGAAAGACUACCAGCAUCUCUUCUCCCCUCGCUGUGGUUACUGCAAGGGCCCCAUUCUGCAGAACAUCCUGACAGCGAUGGACCGCACCUGGCACCCUGAGCACUUCUUCUGUUCCCAUUGUGGGGAGCUCUUUGGGGCUGAAGGUUUUCUGGAGAAGGACGGGAAGCCGUACUGCCACAGAGACUUUUACCAUCUCUUUGCUCCAAAGUGCACUGGUUGUGGAGACCCUGUGAGAGAGAACUACCUGACUGCAGCCAACGGCACCUGGCAUCCCAACUGCUUCGUCUGCUCAGACUGUCUGAAGCCCUUCAACGAUGGUUGUUUCCUGGAGCUGGAUGGUCGUCCCCUGUGCUCUCUGCACUUCCACUCCCGACAGGGAACACUGUGUGGGGGCUGUGGAGAGCCCAUCUCUGGCCGCUGCAUCUCUGCUUUGGAGCGCAAGUUCCACCCUGAGCACUUUGUGUGUGCCUUCUGUCUGCGUAAACUCAGCCAGGGGGUGUUCAAGGAGCAGGCAGGGAAACCCUACUGCUCAGCCUGCCACACCAAAUUGUUUGUGUGAGACUUAUUUAAGUGAUAAUGCCCGAGAUGUCAGAGUUUGGAGGAUAUAUUGGCACCGGUUCGAGUGCCGGCAAACCGUGCUUCAAGGGCAUUAUCACAUUUAUACAAUGGGUUACCAACAUAUUUUAAUUAAAAACUUUAUUUUGAUGAA